AUGCUGAUCUUUAUGUUUGGUGGAGUGCUGAUCUGCAGCUUUCUUUUUGGGGGAUUUCGCAGACGUCAACAAGAUCCGCGAAAUAAUGAUGCUACACCAGGAUGGGAACCACCAACGUACGAUGUCCCAUUCCAGAGCCCCCGCUCGGAGUUCCGUGGCCAGUCCUAUGAGUUGAGGAAGGACCUGCUGGACGUCUGGAAGGAAGACAGUUGA